UCUGCCUGCCUCUGCCUCCCGAGUGCUGGGAUUAAAGGCGUGCGCUGCGUGCGCCACCACGCCUGGCUGACACACAGCUUUUGAGUAUGGUUCUCUCAGUAGACUUUUAGACUGGGCCACCAUCCCUAUCCUGCUCUGCUCGUGCCUUGGCCUAGAGAUGGCAUCCAGGACCAUGUCUCCAGGUGAAGGUGCAGUGCAUCCUUAGAAGCCAGCUAGAUACCUGACAGGUAGCUUAUAUAGUAGCACCUGGUCUUUCAGAGGUUCUGAUUACUUCCCGUCUGGUACUCAAGGGGCAGCACCCUGUGGGAGUUGCUUUAGAUCCCUUAUCUUGAACUGAAGGGAUGAGUGGGGCCUAGAAUUGCUAUCUUCCCUGCAGUUUUUAGGGGCACCAGCUCAGUGGAUACAGUAAGGCCAGCUACUGCUAGUGAUCUUUCUAGUACCAUGAAAACUACUCAGUUAAGCAGUUUCAAGCAGAAGGGACCUGCUGUCCUGUACAGAUCCUCUGCAGGGAGUUCUAGGAAUGAAGGACACAUCCAGGCUUCUCUGCACCUCUGUUCACCUGUGUGCAGAUGCUAAACUAUUUAACCAAGUGUGACAGCCAAGGACAGCAGAGUUCUAAGGGGAGGAGGGGCCCCUUGGGGUGGAGUGCUAACUGUUAAGCUACCUGACCUUAGGAGAGACCACCUGUCUUCCUUCCUGCUCACUAGGACUAGAGAAUGUUGCCCAGGAUUCCCUGAGGAUUCCUCUCCAGAACCUUCACUGUACUCAGAAGCAUGGGGAGGGCAGUCUCUGUAACCACUUGGCCCAUUCUGGGUUUUUCUAUGUAUUCCCUAGCUCACCCUGACCUUCCAGGUAAGGUGUUUCCAUGAGAGGACUGGGGACUUCUGUUUUCACAUGUGAUCUUAGGUGGGGGAUUUCCAGCCCCAGUCCUAUACCUCAUUCUGUAGCACAACUAUUCCCUGCACUUAUUUUUAAACAGACUGUCUGUCUAUAUAACCCAUACUAGCAUGGAAUUCACAGUUAUCAUGUCUUAGUCUCCUGAAAACUGGGAUUACAGGUGUGCACCACUAUGCAUAGCUAGCAUGUAAAUUUCCACAGUUAGUUUGGGAAUUGAUAAUUAUGUCAUAUCACAGCUUAAAUGUGUAGUAAAGGCACUGCCCCCUGCUAACUCAUUUCCUCCUUCAGUGCAGUGGUUUGUAUGUAAGAAAAGAAGGCCCGUGUUGAGCUCAGUGACACACACCUGUAGUCACAGCAUUUGGGAGGUAGAGGCAGGAGGAUGGGGAGUACAAGGUCAUCAAGAUGGUUCACUGAGUAAAACCACUUGCCAGAACCCAAAUUUGGUCCUCAGUAUCAACACCAUGCAGCUCACAACUGCCUAUAAUCUAGCUCUAGGGGGAUCAGACAUUUCUGGCCUCCUAGGGCCACAUGUAAAUCCCCUCCUCCCAACACACACACACAGAGUUAAAAAUAAAUCUUUUUUAAAAAUCUAAGCAUGGGCUACAGAAUAAGUUCAAAUGUUAGCCUGGGCAACUUAGUGAAACUGUUAAAAGAAAACAUAAAGAGAGCUGUGGAUCUAGCUCAGUGGUCGAACACUGCCCAGCAAGUAAAAAGCUUAGGCUCUUAGCAUUAUAAAAAAGGAGGCAGAAUAAAUCCAUUGACACUGGAGAGAUGGCUAAGUAGUUAAGCUUGUACUGUUCUCUUGGGUGUUUUUGUUUUUGAGACAAAGUCUCUCUUAAAUAAUCUGGCUGCCCUGAAACUUAACUAUGUAGAUUGGGCAGAGCUGCCUGCUUCUGUCUCCUAAGUACUGGCAUUAAAGAAGUGUACUGCCAUGCCCAGUGGUAAGAGUAUGCGUUCUUGCAGAGAACCAAAGUUCAGUUUCCAGCACUCGUGAUGGUGGUUCACAACUGCCUAUAAUUCUAGCUCUUCUGACUUCCUUGGCAUUAUACUUAUCAUACAUAUACCCUUCCCCCUCAAAUAAAAUUAAAAAUAAUUUUUUUUCUAAUUCCUGUGUGCACGUGUGUGUUUCUUUGUGUGCUUCGGGUGCAUAUGUUGGGUAUCUGCACCUCUCUUCACAUUCCCCAGGGGCCCAAAGCACUUCUUAGCUUAUUAUGGGACUCUGCAUACGCCUGUGCCAAAUACACAGGAACAUGUUCACAUACCUUCUUGCCUGUCCGCCUACUCUUCUUGCCCCACCUCCAUAGUUCUUAUAGCCACAUCCUGCAAGGAAAAACCCCAGACUCCUGUGAAGGCAGAAAGCAGACAAGGAUGUAUGUGUGGGUUCAGCAGCCCACAGCACUUCUGCUCCUAGGACUCACACUUGGAGUUACAGCAAGGAAGCUCAACUGUGUUAAACAUACCUACCCCAGUGGUCACAAGUGCUGUCGUGAGUGCCAGCCAGGCAAUGGUAUGGUGAGCCGCUGUGAUCAUACCAGGGAUACUAUAUGUCAUCCAUGUGAACCUGGCUUCUACAAUGAAGCUGUCAAUUAUGAUACCUGCAAGCAGUGUACACAGUGCAACCAUCGAAGUGGAAGUGAACUCAAGCAGAAUUGCACACCUACUCAGGAUACUGUCUGCAAAUGUAGACCAGGCACCCAACCUCGGCAGGACAGUGGCUACAAGCUUGGAGUUGACUGUGUUCCCUGCCCUCCUGGCCACUUUUCUCCAGGCAACAACCAGGCCUGCAAGCCCUGGACCAAUUGUACCUUAUCUGGAAAGCAGACCCGCCACCCAGCCAGUAACAGCUUGGACGCAGUCUGUGAGGACAGAAGCCUCCUGGCCACACUGCUCUGGGAGACCCAGCGCCCUACAUUCAGGCCAACCACUGUCCAAUCCACCACAAUCUGGCCCAGGACUUCUGAGUUGCCCUCUACACCUACCUUGGUGACUCAUGAGGGCCCUGCAUUUGCUGUUCUCCUAGGCCUAGGCCUGGGCCUGCUGGCUCCCUUAACUGUUCUGCUGGCCUUGUACCUGCUCCGGAAGGCUUGGAGAUUGCCUAACACUCCCAAACCUUGUUGGGGAAACAGCUUCAGGACCCCGAUCCAGGAGGAACAGACAGACACACACUUUACUCUAGCCAAGAUCUGAGCAAUACUACAGGAGUGGAUUUUAUGGGGCACGGACAACCCAUAUCCUGAUGCCUGCCAGUACCCUCCACACCGUUCUAGGUGCUGGGCUGGCUCUGGGCUCUCCUAUGUAUGCUAUGCAUACUACCUGCCUGGUGGUACUCCUAAUAAACAUGCUAGCAACUGUGA